AUGGCCCCGCUGGGCGAGGACACGCCGCUGAUCGGGGGCCGCUCCUGCAGCCUCUCCUCGGCCGAGCCCGGCAAGACCGGCACCCUGCGGGUGCUCCUGUACCCCCGGGCACCCACCCCACGCAGCCCCCCCGGCGCCCUCACCUUCAGCUGCGGCGAGUUCACGGCCGAGGAGCUCUGUGUGCGCGCGGCCAAGGCCUGCGGCGUGCUGCCCGUGUGCCACCCGCUCUUUGCCCUGGCCACGGAGGAUCUGAGCUGCUGGUUCCCCCCCAACCACCUCUUCACCGUGGACGAGUCCAGCAGCCAGGUCGUGGUGUACAGGAUCAGGUUCUUCUUCCCCAACUGGUGUGGGCUGGGACAGUCCCACCGCUUCCAGCUGCUGAAUGACCGGGCCAGCCCCGUCCUGGACUACCCUGUCAUCGAUUACCUGUUCGCCCAGUCCCGCAGUGACUUCGUCGAGGGCCGCGUGGCCGUGGGGCUGAGCCUGCCCACGCAGGAGGAGUGCCUGGGCCUGGCCCUGCUGGACAUGCUGCGCAUCGCCAAGGAGGAGAGGCAGAGCCCCGACCAGGUCUGCAGCCACGUCAGCUACAAGUCCUGCAUCCCGGAGCCGCUGCGGAGCCAGAUCCAGCAGCACAACUUCCUCACCCGCAAGCGCAUCCGGCGCCGCUUCAGCAAAUCCCUGCGGAAGCUCGGGGGCUGCCAGACCGACGGACCCCACCUGAAGCUCAAGUACCUGCUGGACCUGGAGCGGCUGCAGCGCCGCCGGGCCGAGGAGAGUUUCCGUGUCCGCUCCCCCGGGUCCCCCGCGGGCAUCACCAUCCACGUGGCCGGGGAGAGCGGCGUGUCCUGGAGCUGCGGCGGCUCCGAGAACCGCCAGCACUUCUGCGACUUCCCCGACAUCGCCGACAUCAGCAUCAAGCAGGCGGGCGGGGAGGGCGGCCCCGCGGAGACCCGGCUCGUCACCCUCACCAAGGCGGACAACCGCGUGCUGGAGGUGGAGUUCCCCACGCUGCGGGAGGCUCGUUCCUUCGUGGCUCUCAUCGACGGCUACUACCGCCUGACGGCGGACGCCCAGCACUACUUCUGCAAGGAGGUGGCCCCCCCCCGGCUCCUGGAGGACGUGGAGAACCAGUGCCACGGGCCCAUCAGCGCCGAGUUCGCCGUGACCAAGCUGAAGGCGGCCGGGAGCCCCCCGGGGCUGUACCUGCUGCGCCGCAGCCCCCAGGACUUCGACAGUUACCUGCUGACCGUCUGCGUCCAGACCCGCUCCGGGCAGGACUACAGGCGGUGCCAGAUCCGCAGGGACGAGGAGGGACACUUCUGGCUGUCGGGGGUGUCGCGGAGGUUCUGCAGCCUGCGGGAGCUGCUGGGCACCUACGGGCACCGGGGGCUGCAGGCAGAGGGGGCCCGGAUGCACCUGGGGGCCUGCUGCCCACCCCGCCCCAAAGAGAAGUCCAACCUGCUGAUCGUUCGGAGCGGGGCCCCCCCGCCCCCCGGCUCCCCCCCGGCCCCCCGGCGCCGCAGCCUCCACCAGAUGAUGUUCCACAAGAUCGACCCCCAGAGCCUGACACGGGGCGAGAGCCUCGGCCAGGGCUCCUUCACCCAGAUCUACAAGGGCGUCAAGCGGGACCAGGAGGAGCAGGAGGAGGGGGACGGGCCCCGCCAGACCACCGUGGUGCUCAAGGUCAUGGACAGCAGCCACCGCAACUGCUCCGAGUCCUUCCUGGAGGCAGCCAGCACCAUGAGCCAGCUCUCCCACAAGCACCUGGUCCUGCUGCACGGCGUCAGCCUCGGGAAGGACAGUGAGUGUCCGGGGGAGCACAGGGAGUGCCCGGGGGGAGCACAGGGAGAGGACAAGAAGAUCACCCAUGGGAACGUCUCUGCCAAGAAGGUGCUGCUGGCGCGGGAGGGGGACGCGGCCACAGGGACCCCCCCGUUCAUCAAGCUCAACGACCCCGGGGUCAGCGUCACCGUCCUGGCCCAGGACAUGCUGGUGCAGAGGAUCCCCUGGGUGGCCCCUGAGUGCGUCCGGGAUCCCAAGAGCCUGGCACUGCCCGCUGACAAGUGGAGCUUCGGGGCAACCCUCUGGGAGAUCUUCAGUGGUGGGAACAUGCCCCUGAGCCUGCUGGAGCCCCAGAAGAAGCUGGAUUUCUACCAGAGCCGGCUGCAGCUCCCGGCUCCCAAGUGGCCGGAGCUGGCCACGCUCAUGGCCCAGUGCAUGGAAUACGAGCCCCAGCGCCGGCCCUGCUUCCGCGCCCUCAUCCGCGACCUCAACAGCCUCAUCACCUCCGACUACGAGCUGCUGUCGGACCUGUCCCCCGCGGACGUGGCGCUCCGGGACAGCCUGUGGGGACACGAGCCCCUGGCCGUGAGCCAGGACCCCGAGCACUUCCAGGAGCGGCACCUCAAGUACAUCUCACUGCUGGGAAAGGGUAAUUUUGGGAGCGUGGAGCUGUGCCGCUACGACCCCCUGGGGGACAGCACGGGCGAGCUGGUGGCGGUGAAGAAGCUGCAGCAGGACUCGGCCAAGGAGCUGCGGGAUUUCGAGCGGGAGAUCCAGAUCCUGCACUCGCUGCAGCACGACUUCAUCGUCCGCUACCGCGGCGUCUGCUACAGCCGGGGAUGGCGGGGGCUGCGGCUGGUGAUGGAAUUCCUGCCCAACGGCUGCCUGCGGGAUUACCUGCAGAAGAACCAGCCCCGCCUGGAGCACAGGGCGCUGCUCCUCUACGCCUGGCAGAUCUGCAAGGGCAUGGAGUACCUGGGGGCGCAGCGCUGCGUGCACCGGGACCUGGCCAGCAGGAACAUCCUGGUGGAGAGCGAGAGCCACGUCAAGAUCGGGGAUUUCGGGCUGGCCAAGCUGCUCCCGCAGGACAAGGACUAUUACGUGGUGCGGGAGCCCGGCCAGAGCCCCGUCUUCUGGUACGCUCCUGAAUCCCUGGCAGAAAACGUCUUCUCCUGCGCGUCCGACGCCUGGAGCUUCGGGGUCCUGCUCUACGAGCUCUUCACCUACGGCAACAAGAGCAAGAGCCCCUCGGAGGAGUUCCUCCGGAUGAUGGGCACCGGGAAGCCGGCGCAGAUCAUCUGCCACUUGCUGGAGCUCCUCAAGGACAACCGGCGCCUCCCGGUGCCGUCCGGCUGCCCCGCGGAGGUCUACUCGCUGAUGAUGAGCUGCUGGGCCUUCACCCCCGGUGCCAGGCCCACUUUUGGGGAGCUGUCCCCCAGGAUCGAGGCGCUGCGGGAUGGUCGGAGCAAAGCCCGUGGGUAGAACCCCCUCCCCCAAAACUCCCCCCUGGCUGGGACCCCCGGACACCCACCUCCCUCCUCAGCACCGUGUGGCCACAACGAUGCUUCAGGGAGCUCUGAGGGGCACAGUGAGGGGGGGACAAGACCCCCAUGCCCCUCUCCCAUGGCACACAGACCCCCCCUCGAACUGCCCCUUGGCUUCCCCCCUCCCCUUCUCCCUGUUCCUGCCUCCACCAUGGCAAAUUCGGCCUUAUUUUAUUAAAGUUUGGUAAAUUUUCCAGCUGGGGUGAGGUGAGGGCGUGCCUGGGGAGGGGGGACACGUGGGGAAAUGGGGUGUGGGCGUCUGGUUGCUGUGGAGCUGCUGGGAGAGAGCGGGUGCCCGUGGCACAUCCCGGUGAGGGGGCCCCAGCUUGGCACUGUGGGGUCAACGCCCACCCCAGUGGGCUCAGGGGAUUCCUUUGCUCCCACCCUGAGCCCAUGAUCCCCCCCAAAACCAGCCCCCUCGUCCCUGCACCCCCUCAGAAAGGCUCCAGACCCCAAAUCCUCAUUAGCAACACGCACUCGUUUCUUCUCCCUCUGCCGCCUUUGGCCACGGGAGGGCAGAUUUGGGGUGAAACCAGACAGGAACAGGCCCGGAGCAGCACGGAACUGAGUCUGAGAGCUGGGAUUCAGCAUCCCAGACACCACUCUGCCCUCCUGGAAGGACCAUCCCUGGGGUCCCCCUUCCCAGUACGGAGCGGCAGCCACAGGGGUUGGGAGGGAACCACAGCCCAGGGGCUCCCGGGGUGGUUCCUGCCAGCUCUGGAUCCUCCUCAGUGGCCCUAAAAGAUGCUCAGACCCCCUAGAAGAUGCUCCCCCAGCCAGGGGUGGAACAGCACCUGCCCCAGCCCCAGGCUGCAGGAGGUGUCCCUGAGAUCCCACCGCAGCACAUCCCUGUGCUCCCGCCGCUGGCUGAGCUUCCCAGCAUUCCAGGGGCUUGGGAACACCCCCACGAGGCUCCGUCCGAAUUCCUGCCCCAGGUCCUGGGGACCAACUCCUGCCUCUCAGAGCUCACCAGGGGUGAUUUAGUGCCCAAGAGGAAGAAAAGUCAGGGGACCACUGGGGCCCCCCCGGCACUUGCCAGGGCCCGGAGCAGCACCGGGAAGGACGGGCAGCUCGGAGGAACUGGGAAUGUCGUGCACCAAGGGGGCGGGCACGGCCCCAGACCCCCCCAGAGAGACCCCCCGGACCACCAGAGCUCCCCCAGUGCCUCGGUGCAGAGCCAGUUCAGUGCCACCCUCACACUGAGCCUCUCCUGGAGCAGUGAUCCCAGUGG